GUUACAUUUAUAAAGUACAUUAUAAAAAACGUUUUUCAACCUUUGGUAUUGACAAGCAUUAUUAGGAUGUAAAACGUAAACAAACACAUGUUAACUUCACAGAAACUGAGAAAUGUUACUUGAAUGGUUACCUAUGAUGAAGAAUUUGGCAUCUUAUAAACAAAUACAUUAUAAUGGUUAAAACAAGAGUAUACAUCACCUUUGUCGCUGUUUUAGUUGUUUUCUUUGUGUUAACAAUAUUUGUAUAUCGCUUCUUGAACCGAGUUUCUAACAAAUCCUCCGAUGGAAAGUUCUAUAUUCCAAUGCACCCACAAAUGUAUAUACAACAGGACAAAUCGCAAACAGAUUACAGUAAAGAAAUGGACCAACUUAACCGAGAACAAGUAAGCAUGGACGACCCGAGGCUUAUAAAACUUAUACGAAAUCACUGGAUUGAAAAUCCAUCAGAUGCGGAAUAUAAUCUACAAUUCCCGGAUUUGCUGGAUCCAUCUGCAGGACAGGCUCCUUUCGUCGAUAAUAGAAUGAGUUUCAAGGAAAGUGGAUUUUACGUUGAAUGUGGUGCUUUAGACGGAGAAACUAGGUCGAACACUUUGAUGUUAGAACGGUUACGGAAAUGGAACGGACUGUUGAUAGAAGCUGAUCCAUCCAAUUACAAAAAUUUGAAGGAAAAGCAUAGAAAAGCAUUUAGCAUCAACGCCUGUCUAAGUAUAUACCCCUUUCCGGUUAUAAUGGAGUUUAAACAGCGAUUUAGUCAAGGUAAACUAAUAGAAAAUGAAAGAGAUCGUGGUGGAAAGAAAGGUACCGUCAUAGAGGUCCAGUGCUUUCCUUUAUACUCAAUACUAUUAGCUAUAAAUGUCACUCGUAUAGACUUUUUUAGCCUGGACGUAGAAGGGGACGAACUCAAAGUUCUGCAAACAUUGCCAUUUGAUCAAGUUGACAUAGAAAUGAUGACCGUCGAGUAUAAACACAUAGACCUAGGCGAAGAUUAUCUUAAAAAAUAUGUAGAAAAUAAAGGAUAUGAUUCUCUAGUCAAAAUAGGACAUUAUAGGCAAUGGGCUAAUGAUAUUAUUUUUAAAAAGAGAAAAACGUAAUUUCAGAUUGUACUGUGGAUUCAUUAUUAUUAUUUUGUUGGUAACCAAUUUUCAUUGAUUUCUUUGGAAUUAAUGAAAGUUCAACAGAAUAUAAAUUUCCUUUUAAUAGGUUGUAAUGAUAACUUUGAAAAAAACCCCACGAAAAUUGGUUCCCACGAAAAUAAAUGAAUACACAGUAUCUUUUAUAUUGGUUUUUGCUUUAAAAUGUUUAUCCACCAAAGGUGUUCAGACAACCAGCUUUAAAAAGGUUAAUCCAUUAAAGGUGUUCAGACAACCAACUUCUUGUCUUCCAUUGACUUAGUGAAUGUUUUCAUGCAGGAUUCAAUUUUCCAACGAAUAUUUGCUUUGUGAGUAACUGUACUUAACCAAUGAUAUAUGUGUAGAUUUUAAACAACUUUGUAUGAACUACAAACAUUCACUCAUUUCAGUCAAUUUUGUUUUCCUGUUUAAGUAAUACUAAUUAAAUGUAAAUCAAAAACAAAAAAAUAAGGAAAAAAUAUUGCAAGGACAUUUUUAAAACAUAGGCAAUUAUAGUUUAGAGAUUUUUUUUUCAAGUUCUAAAUAACUUUACUAUAAUUACUACCUUACAUUUAACCCACAUUUGUAAUACACUAUGAAAAUUACAGAAAGGCAAGACCUAUCUCUCUGCCAACAGCUUGUUUAUUAUAUUAAUACUCAAUUUAAACAACAUUUAUAGUAUCAUUAUAUUCAUUUUAUACAUUUAAAUGGUACAUUAUAUAAAGGUUAAUAAAUUACAAUAGAAACAAUAACAAAUGUACGAUUAUUCUAGAUAUACAGAAUAAAAUUAUAAUAUAUA